AUGCGGAAGAGCAGCGGACCCCACCGAUCGGCGGAGCGAUCCGCGCAAUCCCCGGAGGCAAUACACGACCUUUACGGGGCCCCGCAAUUCGCAAAUGCGGCAGCGAAUCACGCCGGAGAGGAGCGGUAUUACGAUCAUGCGCCACCUAUAGGAGUAGAACGAGGAGGGAAUGUUGCUCCGCCUCGGCGGUCCCGCAGCAUCUCCCCGGCCGUGGGGGAGGGGAACAUGGCGCGCGGAAACGGGGAGCGCGCGGGGGGGAGCUUGGCGGCGGGUAUGGUGAUGGGGGAAGUUAAGAACCACACGGGGAGGGUCAAGGACUUGGGUAGGGCUAGAAGCGGUAUGGCGGAAGCAGACAUGGAUCAUGCACGGACAGGUGCGGAUAUGGUUCAAGGGAGGGUGUAUAGAAAAAUGGCGACGGAGCGAGAGAGAGGGAAGGAGGCGGAGCGGGUGAGACAGCGCGACCUCGAAAGGGGGAUUUACCUUGGAGAUUUCGACAGAUCUGUGACGGAAACCGCGACUGAGAGGGCGCAAUCGGGUGGUUUAUCCUGGAAUAAUGUGGGCCGAGCGCAUGAGCUGCUGGAUAGGCCGCCUACCGGGUCAUUAGGGGUGGAAAGGAUGAGGCGGAGGGAGAAAGGAGCAGAGGCGCGACGAGAGGCGGAGAGGGAGGGGGUGAGGGGGAGGGCGAGAGAUGGGGUUAGGUCGGGGGUUGGGGAAGAGGCGGAUGUGAUGGGAGGAGGGGGUGAUUAUAAUGAAGGGGGGGAUGAACAGUAUUUGCGCAUGGCGACGUGUGAUUCGUCGGUGCGACCAGGGAGGAGCAGGGGUGGAGGUGUGCGAGGAGGGCAGGGUGGGGUUGGUGGCGAAUGGGAAUGUGACACGUCAGCUGGGAGAGAGGAGGAGGAGGAAUCGGAAGGGGAUUCUGAAGAAGACAUGGGAUUGCGGACAAAAGCAGCAAGUUGGCAGAAGCAGCAGCAGCAGCAGCAGCAGGGAUACGAUGCCUCAGCUGCUGCUCACUCUGCCUCCGCCUCUGCUGUCUCUCAUUCCUCUGGUGGUCCCCGUCGGAUCCAGCACAGUGCAACAGCAGGGGAGGCAGGAGGCAGGGAGAGGAGGCGAGGGAAGGUACUGGGAAGCGCAGGGGAGAAACGUGGUGGGGGGUUGGGUGGUGCAGGGGAGGAAGAGGAUGAGGGAAUCAGCAGCGAUCAUCUGACAAGAAUAGCCGCCCAGAUGAUGGGGUUUGAAGAUGGGGAGGACGGGCAGAUCGGGCAGAUCGGGCAGGUCGGGCAGGACGGGCAGGAAAUGUUUUUGCAGGAACCAAGGCAGGGGGAGCUGAUUGGUCCAUCCGCCCUGCUACCGCCGAGCCACAGCUCCUCCCGACCCUCUUCCAUCUGCAAGGCACACUCGGCCUCGGCCAAGCCUGCGAAAUCCGGAGGCUCGGCAGCAGGUUCGGGAACCGGCAUUGUUAGUGACAGUCAUUUUGUUGAGGACCUGCUUCAGCUGGGGUUGAAUGAUUCGCGGUUAAGGGACUGGGCUGCCAGGUUCAAAGCAGGGCAGACAGACAGACGGGAGCUGCAGACACUGCUACUGGAGCUUCAGGAAAAGCAGAGGUUGCAAGGGGCGGGAGAAGGAGCAGUUGGGACGGGAGAGGAAUGGAUGGGAGGGUAUGCGGUGGGGGCAGAUGAUGCAGAGGGAGUGGCAGAGUCCGUUGCAGCAGCUGCUGCUGGUUCAGGAUUAGGGUUAGGGUUUAUGGGGGGUUCCAGGCCUAGAUCUUCCUCUCGUAGGCUUGCCAGUAGCAGUGGCGUCCGAAGCAGGCCAACUUCGUCGUCGUACCACAACCGAACCCAGCGGGCCGGGCACGCCAGGUUCGGCAGCAGCAUAGGCUUGGGAACAGGCCUGGGCGGGUUGGUCUCGGGAGCAGGCUCGGGAGACGCCUUGGAGGGGUCCGGUUCGGAGGGUGGGUCGGACGCGGAGGAUUUUUUGACAUCAGUUCCCCCUUCGGCUCUAGACGUUCUGCAGGGCAGCGGGCAGGCGAAAAAGAAACCUCCAACCGGAAAUUGGAAGAGCCCUCUUUCAGGAGCAACACCAGGAGAAUCCUCAACCUCGUCUGGCGUUCCCUCUGCGCGAUCUGGACCGUUAAUCUCAUCAGGAUCGGUCCCAUCAAGAUCCCGAGGGACAUCUGCAGCGUCAAUUCUAAGGCAUGGAAGCUGGGAGCAGAGGGAGUUUGCACAGCUGGCAGAGCAAUUCGGGCUGGAUGCAGAAGAGGAGGGGCUGGGCGGUUUGGUGGAGGAUGGGAGACAGCCAGGUGGUGUGGGCGGACCUGGGGCAGGUUUAUCCGGUGUAGACACAGUAAACGCCCCUUUCCCCCGCUCUCAUCCAGGAGAGGGAGAGAUAUCGGGCGUGAUAUCGGGAGCGAGAGAGGGAGAAGCAGAUGGAGUGGGAGAGCUACGGGGAGCAGAGGAAGGGAUCUUGUCCUUAGAGAGGAAUCUGAGCCUUCCGUCACCGAAGCCGGUCGUACAGGUGGAGGAGGCUUCAUUCGAUCGCAACCUGUCGCUGCACAAUGUGAUCAAGAAGCGGAUCAGCAGCCACGCUGGGGAGGUGGGGCAGCAGUUUGCCCGCCUCUCCACUCUCCUCAAGAAGUCAUCAUCCACACCCAAUGCACCUGGUGUUGGCGGCAGUGGAGCAUCAUCAGGGGGCAAGCGGCCAGCGCAGGAAGGGAAGAAACCUCCCAAGCCAGCCAAGUGCGGAUCAGACAGGCCCUCCAGUGGCAACCCACUUGCCAGGACAUCAUCUAUUGCUGCAGAGUUUGGCGAUUUGCCAGCACCCAAGAGAACGCACUAUCAAUACUCGGAGCUGCAGCUGGCGACUGAGAAUUUUAAUGAGGCCAACGUGUUGGGGCAGGGCGGAUUCGGGAAGGUGUAUUAUGGCGUGCUGCCUGUGCACCCCGCUCAGGUGGUGGCAGUGAAGGUGCUGAAGCAAGGAGGAGGGGAGCAGGGCGACGAGGAGUUUGUGACAGAACUGGAGCUGCUGAGUCGACUAGAGCACAAACACCUGGUGAAGCUGAUGGGGUACUGCAUGCGAAAGGAUCAACGGCUGCUAGUGUACGAGUUUCUGCCCAAUGGCAGUCUCGCUGACCACUUGCACGGCAAGAAGGUCAGGCAGAAUGGCCCCUUGUCGUGGGAGAAGCGGCUGAAGAUUGCUGUUGGAUCAGCAAGGGGCUUGAGGUACCUUCAUUCUCAGAGACCUCAGGUGCUGCACCGAGACGUGAAGUCGCCCAACAUACUCAUCACUGACAGCUACGUGGCCAAGGUGGCGGAUUUCGGGUGUGCGAAGCUGAUCAAGCAGACGAUUCUGGUUGAAGAUCCCAACACAGGCCAGAUGGUGGAGACGCUGGGGGAGAACGUGGACGUAGCAAUGGGCACACACGGGCACAUGGCCCCUGAAAUACUGAUGACCGGAGAAAUUAGCGCUGCUACGGACGUGUACAGCUUCGGAGUGGUGAUGUUGGAAUUAUUGAGUGGCAGAGUGCCCGGGUUUGAAGACGGCACGAUGCUGACACAUUGGGCCACACCAUUCCUGAAAGACAAGAGGUGGGAUGAGCUGAUAGAUCCUUCCAUGCUUGCCGGUCACACACCAGAAGGAGGAGGAGGCGAAGGAGGGGUGACAGGUGGCACCGGCGCCGGAGCCAGUGCCGAUGCUGAUGUGGCCCUGCCCAGGGUGGCUGCCACGUCAGCGUUUGCUCGGUGCGCUGAGCUGGCGGAGUCGUGCAUCCAGUUUGACCCGCUGAUGCGGCCGAGCAUGGAGGACGUGGCACACACCCUGCAAGCGAUCCAAUUAGGUACGUAUUAG